AUAAUGUAGCUAGUUUAGUAAUUCGUAGCAAUGACGCUAAGUGGAGCGAGUUUUAGGUCAGUCCUCACUCACUCUUCCCGCCCAAAUCCCAAAUCCCAAAACCCUCUCUCUCUAUCUCUCCUUUCUCUGCUAGCUUAGCUUAGCUAGGGUUCUUCAACUGCAAUGGUCUCCGUCGAUGAGAUCAAUACCAAAAUGAUAGAAUUACAAGACGAAGUUGAAGGCGAAUGCGUCAACAACACCGACUUCUACUUCGAUCAAAUCGGCGAACCCCUCCCAAUCAAACCCUCCGACUCCGACCCCAUUUUCGAUCUCCAAGCCCUUCCCUCUCAGCCACUCGCCGUCUCCGAACACCACCGCCUCAUCUUCGUCGCGCACUCCGAUGAAUUCUGCGUCGCCAGAACCAAGGACGCUAUCGAUUCCGCCAAGUCCUCUCCUUCUUCUUCUAUUCAGGAAUUGAGCAUCGUUGAUGUUCCGAUUGGCAAGGUUCACAUCUUGGCUCUCUCCACCGAUAAUUCAACCCUCGCUGCCUCUGUUGCUUCUCAUAUCCACUUCUUCUCCGUCACUGCGCUUCUCAAUCAGGAAAUUGAACCAUCUUUUUCUUGCUCUGUUGAUGAAACGAGCUUUGUAAAAGACUUCAGAUGGAGAAAAAAGUCAGAAAAUUCUUAUGUUGUUCUUUCGAAUUCUGGGAAGUUAUAUCAUGGAGCCGUGGAUGGGCCGUUUAAAGAAGUAAUGGAUAAUGUUGAUGCUGUUGAAUGGAGUGCAAAAGGAAAGUUUGUUGCUGUGGCAAGGAAAAAUGUCCUUAGCAUUAUGUCCUCAAGAUUCAAGGAGCGGUUCUGUAUGUCACUAUCAUUUAAGUCAUUGAUUGGUGAUUCUGACUGUAGUGCAAAAGUGGAUUCUAUCAAGUGGGUUCGUCCAGAUUGCAUUAUUCUAGGAUGCUUUCGACUUACUGCAGAUGGCCAAGAGGAAAAUUACACUGUCCAAGUUAUCAGAAACAAAGAUGGCAAAAUUACUGAUGCUUCUUUUGAGCCAGUUGUACUAUCCUUCGAUUAUUUGUUUGAAGGUUUUUAUGAUGACAUUUUACCCUUUGGAACUGGACCGCACUUAUUCUUGAGCUAUUUAGAACAAUGUGAGCUCGCAAUUACUGCUAACAGGAAGAAUACAGAGACGCAUAUUGUGUUUCUUGGUUGGUCACUGGGUGAUGAGCUCAAUGAAGUUGCAGUUAUUGAUAUUGAACGAGAAAAAUGGAAACCGAAGAUUGGGCUUCAAGAUAAUGGUGAUGAUAAUUUGAUCCUGGGGCUUUGUGUCGACAAAGUUUCACUCUAUGAGAAAGUCAAAAUCCAACUUGGAGUGGACGAACGUAUAGAGCUCUCACCAUAUUGCAUUCUUCUAUGCCUUACUCUGGAAGGAAAGCUUGUCAUGUUCCAUGUGGCCAGUACUAGAGAAACUGCAGUUCCACCUGCGGUUAUUUCUGCCUCUUCUGAGGAGGAAGAUGAGGUAGUGGAUACUCAUGCAGCAGUACCUGUACAAUGUGAUCUAUCCAAAUCUUCACUUGGAUUGGACAAACCAGAAUCAGAGCAUGUGUCUUUGGGUUUUCAGUUCCAGGAGGGGAACAAAAAGGAACUUAAUGUGACUGGAGUUGGUGAGAUUCUUAAGAGAACUGAUCCAAAGCCUUCUGAUUCAGUGUCUCCAGUUGUUGCCAGUCCAGUAUCCUUUAAUGACAGUUUAUUGAAGAACCAGAAAGUUGAAUCCCAGCGAAAUUCAUUGUCCUUUGAAGCUGAUAGACAACAAACUGUCCCUGUUACAAAGCUGUUGCAAGACACAGAUGGUCAACCAAUACAGCCUUCCAGCCAGCAAAGCACAAAAUUAGACCAAUCACCUAAUAAAGCUUCUUUUAACAUGGUUAGUGACUUGAGCAAGACCGGAACACAAAAAAUUGGAUCUGACCCUGCUUUUGGAGUAAAUAGUCCAGUUGAUAUCCCUGGGCAAUCAGAUCAUAAGAAUUUAUCAAAUAGUGUUGGGACAAGCGAGGAAUUUCUAGGAAAUAUUAGAUCAACUAGCUUACAGAGUGCUUCAUCUCAGUCACGGUCAAGUGGAAAUUAUGUCUUUCCAAAAGACAGUAAUUCAAGAUCCUCACUUUUUCCUUCAGGCUCUAUUCAAGGCAACCGAACUGAAAACUCUGGCCUUUCUUAUGGCUUUUCAAAUGUUUCUGGAGGCCUGGCUGUUAAACCUUUUAAUUUAAAGGAUUCCAUCGGUACAUCAACUUCAGUAAAUUCUUCUGGUAGAUCAGUUCAGAUUGGGGGACAGAGAACUUCAGUAGGGGCAGGGAAUAUUGAAUCAUCACCUUCUGUUCAUAGCUUACAAACGUCUUCACAGGAAAAGUUUGCGUUGGGAAAGUAUGGCAACCAUAAUGUUCAUCCUUCCAAGGAAAAUUAUCGGACUCAGCCCCCGUCAGCCAUGCUGAAUUCUGAACCAAACUCAUCAAAACAAUUUGGAAAUAUAAACGAGCUGACCAAAGAGCUUGAUAAACUUUUGGAAUCUAUAGAAGCCGUGGGUGGUUUCAGGGAUGCCUGCACCAUCAAUCAGAAAAGUUCAGUUGAAACAUUGGAGGAAGGCAUGAGGACCCUUUGUGAGAAAUGCGGAAUAUGGAAGAGCAUAAUGGAUGAACGACUUGGUGAGAUCCAAAAUCUUCUUGAUAAAACUGUACAAGUUUUGGCAAGGAAAAUAUACAUGGAAGGCAUUGUUAAGCAAGCUUCUGAUAGCCAAUAUUGGGACCUCUGGAAUCGCCAGAAGUUGAGUUCUGAACAUGAGAUGAAGCGUCGUCAUAUAUUACAAAUGAGUCAGGAUUUGACCAAUCAAUUAAUUGAAUUGGAAAGGCAUUUCAACAACCUUGAACUCAAUAAAUUUAGUGAAAACGGUGGAUCUCAUGUAGGUUGGAGAGCUCAACAGAGUAAAUUUAGGCCUUCAAGACAGACUCAGUCCUUGCAUAGUUUACACAGCACAAUGAGUUCACAAUUAGCAGCUGCUGAGCAACUUUCUGAAUGUCUGUCAAAACAAAUGGCAGUUUUAAAUAUAGGAGCACCUGUAAAACAACAGAAUGUAAAAAAGGAGUUGUUUGAAACAAUAGGGAUCCCCUAUGAUGCCUCUUUCAGCUCUCCAGAUGCAACAAAAGUUAGUGAUACCCCUUCAACUAAGAAACUCUUGCAUUCUUCUGGUUCUACUGCUGCUAAAGAUGAGUCUCGGAGAAAACAAUUGAGUGCUAUGAAGAGUUCUGAACCAGAAACAGUGAGGAGGAGGAGAGACUCAUUAGAUCGGAGUUGGGCUAAGUUUGAACCUUCAAAAACAACUGUUAAACGGAUUCUUUUGCAAGAACACCACAAGGCAAGCAUGAAUGGGUCAUCCUUUCUAGUGGAUAAGCAGCAUUUUAACCCUCACAUGCUUAAUGUUUCAGCAGCUGAGCGCCCACUGGUUCGUAUAACCUCUUCACCCUAUUCGUCUCAAGACAAAGUGUAUUCUGCAGGCAUUCAGGAUACAUCUACAAAACAAGCCUCUAAGAACCCAAUUCAAUUCACACGGGCGAAUGAGCUUCCAGCACCAUCACAAUCUGUGGGGCUAAAGUUCCCUACAUUGCAAACAGACAAUGUUUCAGCAUUGUCAUUUCUGUCAGCAUCUGAAUUUUCACCUGUAAUAGGAAAAGAUCGCACGAGGGAAACUCAUGAUAUCACCAUAGGACAUUCCUUUAGCGAAAUAACUUACAAUCCUGGUUCAGUUCCAUUAAAUGAGGCCAAGUCUAUGGUGCAGUCUGAAACUAAACAACAUCAAAAGCCGUCGAUAUCCACAAUGUUCCCCACACAAACAGUGUCAUUGCUGAAGAAAUCCAGUGAAAUGUUUAAUUCAAGUAGUAAAGAAACUACGCUUACUUCCACAAUUGGAACUAUUAAGGAUAAGGCUUCAACUACAAAAAGUUCACUUUUUGAAUCUGGAGAAAAUUAUGACUCUCCAUUCUCUUCCACAUUUGGUGUUUCUGCAGUGCCCACCCUGAGUGGAAAAUUUCAAUUUCCUGCAGGCAAAAGUGAGCCCAGUGAAAAUGUGUUAGUUUCUUCUACAUCCUUGGUACUUUCAGCUCCAUCAUCUCCAAUGAUCAAGUCGAUGACAGCUCCUCAAUCCUCAUCAGCUACUCCAACCUUUUUAUCUUCAAUGCCCCUGAGCAGACCUUUCACCACUUCUAAUGCAAGUGCAGAUGCUAACCUAACAGUACCAACAUCCUCAUCAUCAGCUUCCCCUUCUUUAAUUACCUCUUCCUCUGGUCCCUUUUCCCUGCAGGCUUCUAAAACAUCGGUGCCCUUAUCUACUCCAAUAUCUGAGUCUCCUAAAACAGAUCUUCAACCUCCUACGGCCAAAUCUAGUUUGAAAACAGAUAAGGAUGCUAGUAAACAAGUAUCAUCUCUGCAGUCUGAGCCUCCCAAAGGUGAAAUUGAAUCAAAGCUUGAACCUUCAGUAACAACUGACCCUACAAUUGAAAUUUCAACCAGUCUGACAUCUGGAAGCCAGCCCAGUUUCAGUAACAUGGCAAACCCUGCACCUAACGUGACAUUGAAUGCUCUACCAGCACAGCCAUCUACUGCACGUGUUCUAUUCCCAACAUCGCUCCCAACUUCUGGAAGCACAACUGGAGAAAAGAAUGAAAGUUUGGAUGUUGCAGAAACAGAAGAGGAUGAGAUGGAGGAGGAGGCUCCUGAGACAAGUAACACAGCAGAACUUAGUUUGGGAAGCCUUGGUGCAUUUGGUAUUGGCUCAACCCCUACUGCAACUGCUCCAAAAUCAAAUCCAUUUGGUGGUCCAUUUGGUAAUGCAUCAUCAAGUCCGAUGAGCUCGGCAUUUGAUAUGACGGUUCCUAGUGGACAGCUGUUUCGUCCUGCAUCUUUUAGCUUCCAGUCUCCCCAGUCUUCACAACCAUCUCAACCAACAAAUUCGAGUGCAUUCUCUGGUGGUUUCAGUACUGGAACAACAGCUCAAGCUCCAACUCAAACUGGGUUUGGCCAGCCAGCACAGAUUGGAUCAGGACAGCAAGCACUGGGAUCUGUUCUUGGGUCUUUUGGACAAUCAAGACAGAUUGGUACCGGUUUACCAGGUACAGGUUUUGGAUCUCCCAGUGGUUUUGGUGGUGGUGGCUUCACUGGCACUAGUUCCCCUGGUGGGUUUUCAAGUGCUGCUACUGGUGGUGGCUUUGCUGGUAUAUCAUCUACCGGUGGUGGGUUUGCUGGUGUGGCUUCAGGGGUUGCCGGAUUUGCAAGUGUGGCUUCAGCUGGUGGGUCUGGGGGAUUUUCUGGUGGUGGGUUUGCUGGUGCUCCCUCAGCUGGUGGUGGAUUUUCUGGUGCUCCUGCAGCUGGUGGUGGAUUUGCCGGUGCUCCCACAGCUGGUGGCGGAUUUGCCGGUGCUCCCGUAGCUGGUGGUGGAUUUGCCGGUGCUCCCACAGCUGGUGGUGGAUUUGCCGGUGCUCCCUCAGCUGGUGGUGGAUUUGGGGCUUUUAACAGCCAACAAGGAAGUGGUUUUUCUGCUUUCAGUGGAAGUACAGGAGGAACUGGAAAACCUACCGAGCUCUUCACACAGAUUAGAAAAUAGUUUUAUUGGGUUAUCGCUAAAAACUCAUAGGAAGCUUAAUUUGAUCACCAAAGUCUCAUUCCAAUGAAGGCAGUCACUUGACAACCACCUAAUAGUGGUAAAUGAUAGAUUCAUUAGGUCAUUGGCUGUUCAUCUUAUCAUGAUAUGUGUCAUAAGAUUCCGAGUCAUGUACAUUGAUAUAAACUUCCAAUAGGUUAAAGUUUUUUGUUUUUUUAUUAUUAUUUUUAAACACAAGUGUAGUAGCAAGUAGCAAGUCAAACUAAUUUAGCUGCUCCGAAUUGUGACUGGUGGUUGUUCCCCUUUUUUCCUUGCAUGACAGUGCCUGUACCGAAGGAGACCAUGCAAAGUCUGGUGAUGAGCCAUGUUGUUUGGUGGGAUCAGUAGUAAGUUCAGCGUACACUUCUCUAGUGUUUCUUAUUGAUGGACGACCAAAACAUGCAUAGUUGAAACGUGAGCCCGUCUGAAUGGGAACAGAUCAAUUCAUUUA